GCGGUACCAGACGACCGCCUUCGCCCGAUCCGUCGGCAAUAUCGAGGUACUAGUAGUCGUGAAGAGGAGCCGCUCUCAGGCACGUCCGGCGUUGGAGAGGCUGCGUUACACGGGUGCACUGUGGGACUUGUAGUUCCGGAGAUGGAACGUGCUACGCAGCUUGCGGUGCCUCUGGGUCAGACUGAGGUGUUUCAGGCCCUGCAGCGACUGCACAUGACCAUCUUCUCCCAGAGUGUCUCACCCUGUGGGAAGUUUCUGGCAGCUGGUAACAACUAUGGGCAGAUUGCCAUCUUCAGUUUGUCUGCUGCAUUGAGUUCAGAGGCCAAAGAAGAAAGCAAGAAGCCUGUGGUAACCUUCCAAGCCCAUGAUGGACCUGUCUACAGCAUGGUCUCCACUGAUAGACACCUACUCAGUGCUGGGGAUGGGGAGGUGAAGGCCUGGCUUUGGGCAGAGAUCCUCAAGAAGGGCUGUAAGGAAGUGUGGCGUCGUCAGCCCCCAUACAGGACCAGCCUGGAGGUGCCUGAGAUCAAUGCCUUGCUGCUUGUUCCCAAGGAGAAUUCCCUCAUCCUGGCUGGGGGAGAUUGUCAGCUGCACGCUAUGGACCUAGAAACUGGGACCUUCACGCGGGCUCUCCGGGGUCACACAGACUAUAUCCAUUGCUUGGCACUUCGAGAACGGAGUCCUGAGGUGCUAUCAGGCGGUGAAGAUGGGGCUGUGAGGCUUUGGGACCUCCGCACAGCCAAGGAGGCACAGACAAUUGAGGUUUAUAAGCAUGAGGAGUGCUCCAGACCACACAAUGGGCGCUGGAUUGGAUGUUUGGCAACUGAUUCAGACUGGAUGGUCUGUGGAGGGGGCCCAGCUCUUACCCUGUGGCACCUGCGAUCCUCUACACCCACCACCAUCUUCCCCAUGCGAGCACCACAGAAACAUGUCACCUUCUACCAGGACUUGAUUCUGUCAGCUGGCCAAGGCCAUUGCAUCAACCACUGGCAGCUGAGUGGGGAGCUCAAGGCUCAGGUGCCUGGCUCCUCCCCAGGGCUGCUCAGCCUCAGCCUCAACCAACAGCCGGCAGCACCUGAGUGCAAGGUCUUGACCUCUGCAGGCAACAGCUGCCGGGUGGAUGUCUUCACCAAUCUGGGCUACCGUGCCUUCUCCCUGUCCUUCUAACACCUGAGCAGUCCCCCUUUGGAGUCUUAUUUUUUUUACAAUAAAGUUGCAAGCUUUC